AUGUUAACUCAUUUACCAAAAUGUGCAUCAAUAAUACAAGAAGAAAGAUCUUUAGAGUAUGAAAGGUUAAUGAAAAGAUUAGAGAAGUCUAUAAUUGAAAACUCUCUUUAUAGAUUGGGUGGGGAUAUAAAGUUUUUGUAAGGUUUUUAUUCUGUACAUUCUUUCAACCAAGUAGAGAAAGAGAAGUUAUCUGCUUUAAUAAUUGAAUACUGUCUUUAAAAGUAUGUAUAUAGUACAAAACAUUUUUUUUAAACUAAUGGAACUCCAAAUAACAUUAAAUAAUUUAUAUCUACUUUUACUAAGAAAAUCUGCAAAAAUAUUUAGAUUAAGUAUGAAGACCUUUAAUAAAUUUAUAAUGAAAUUAAUCAAACUACAACCUUAGAUGAAACAUUCGAUAACAUUGAUAAAUAAAUCAGAAUAGGAAUUAUAAAUUUUUAAGAGUAAAAUUUUUCAUUAAAAGUAGAUUUAACAAAUUAUUUCGUCACUUAAUUCUUCCCAAUUAAUUCCCUUAAAUGAUAGAUAAUUAUUUAUAAGGAGAUAAUUUCAUUUGGGCAUUAUUAAGGAUUGUAAAAUCUGAGCCUAUCUCAACCUAUAUAAAGAGUUUUGAAAUACUUAUUGAAUCUAAAAAGUCUCCACAACCAACUAAAAUAUUUAAUUCUAAUUUAAUUGCAUAAUUGAUCUAGUAAUAUUAAUAUGAUAUAUGUUUAGUCAUCGUCCUGACUUACCAAUAGACAAUUAUUUAGACUUUAUUUUAGAAGAUAUAUAUAGUCACUUUAUUGUUUUCUUAUUGAAUACCUAAAACAUGAUGUUUUUUGCUCUUCCUUAAUUUCCUUAUAGACCUGUUAAUAUUGUUUAACCAUUAGUCUAUUUGAUUGGUUCAUUAAAAUCUAGAUCUAAAGUGUGGGAAACUAUUGAAAGAAUGUUUUUAGUAAUUUCCGAUUUAAUACAUCCAAAUAGUGCAACAUCAAAUGAAUUUGUUUUCUCAUUUUUUUAUUUGUUUGUUAAAGUUUUUGUUGAAAGAGUGGAAGCUUAAAAUUAAUAACAAGAAAAAAAUUAGGAGGAAGAGAAUGUUAUAGAAAGUAAUAUUUUAAAUAAUUAAGAUAAUAUAUUUACUAAGGAUUAAUUAGAAUUGUUAAAAUUUGAUGAUAUGAUUGAUAUGGAUGAGUAAGAAGAAGAAGAGGAUGAUGAAGAUAAGAAUGAUGAGGAUAGUAACAAUAAGGAGAAAGUAUUAAAUAAUAAAGAAUUGAUAAUUGAUUAAGAAGGAAUUGAUAAAUUUAUUUCUAUUAUCAAACCACAUUUAAAAUACUUAAUUUAUCAGUAUCCUAGUUUUAAUAUUUAAAUAGCAGUAAUAUUCAAAGUAAAUUUGGAUUAUUAUUAAUUAGUAUUUAAGUAAAUUGAGACCUAAAGAAAUUAUACCUUAACUUAUGGAAUAAAUUUAAUUAGCUUUAGAGAGAGAUGAUAUUAAACCUAUAUUAAUUAUUCAUAUAAUUGAGAAAAUAUUUAAAUAAGCAAUUCAAUAUGAUUAGUAUCCUUAAAUUAUAAAUUAUAUCCCAUUUAUAAUAAGAUAAACAACAAAUUACAUUUUAGAUGAUGGAGAAUAAAUAUGGAGUUUUUACAAUACUCUUUUUUUAUAUAUUCCUAUUUAUGAUAUAAAAGAUUUAGAAGCUUAAUAUCCAAAUCUUAAUUUAUAAGAAGGUAUUUAUAAAUUAAAUUAAUAGAAAUGAAUAUAUAUGGUAUUGACUUUUAUUCCAUUACAUAAGAAAUUAGUGAUUUAUCUCUAGAGGCUUUCAGAAAAUAUUUUUCAACUUUUGAAUAUAGUAAUGUGAAAUAUAUUCCUAGUCAAAGGUGUCCAGAAAUUGUAUUUUCAACAAAUAAUAAAUUUUAUAAUUUUGUAUUUUAGAGUUCUAAAUCAAACUACAAAGAAAUAGUCAAUAUUGUAUGCAAUUAUUUAGAUGAUAAAAUAAUAGAUAAUCUUUCUAAUAAUUUUGUUUUAUUGCUUUAAGCUAUUAUUUUAAGAGAUCCUAAUGUUCUUAAAGAUAUUUUAAUUGUAAUUUAAAAUUAAAUCUUGAAAACAAUUAAUGAUCAUUAAGAAUUUAAUCUUUCUAAUAUAACAACAAUUAGCAAUUAUUUGAUUAUAAUCUAUGAAAUCAUUUAGUUUACAGGAAGUGUAAAUAAAUAGUAUUAUUCAUAAUUAAAAUGCAUUAUUGAUCUAAGUUUGUAACAUGAAGAGACUAAAAUACAAUAAGCAGGUUAAAAUAUAUUGGCUUCUCUUAUUUUAAGUUAAGCAGCAAUACAUGUUAAAGAUCUUUAAUUUACAAAUGAUCCCACCAUAUAAUUGGAUUGGUUAAGAUUAAAAUAAUAAGGUAAACAAGAGAAAUAUUUACCAAAAUGGUAAGAACUUAAUGAUUAAGAAUUUAUCAAAUAAAUUAUGGAUGAUUACUAUUAUCCUUCUCUUAAAUAAAUUAGAGAAAUUAUCUCUUAAAAGGGAGAGAGCAAAUCUUUAAUUGAAUAUUUGUAGAAUGAUUUUCUAAAUCAAUAUUAAUUACAAUAUUAAUUAGAAUCAAAAUAAAAUGGUUAAUAAUAAUUAGAACUAAAAAUUAGAAAAUGUUUAUCUUUAAAUAUUGAUAUUAUCAAUGCAUUUGUAAAUUCACUUUAUUUUAGAAUGAAAUAAUAUAAUGAAUAUUCAAGUGAAACUUUUAAGAAAUUUUAAGAUUAAUACUGUUUCAGUGUCAUAAAUCAAAUGUAUGAUGAAGUAAAUAUAUUAUUAUUAUUAUUAUUAUAGGUGAUUCGUUUUUGUAUUGAUUUUGUUCCUAUAUAUUUUAAUAAUGGAUUGGCUUUGGAUUAAAAAUUGUCUAAUAGUUUUAUCAAUAUGAUUUAAUUAAUAAUACAUGAGACAUCAGAUAAAGUUCAAAAAUUAGGUAAAUGGUUAUAAUUGUAAACUAAAACUUCAGACUCAAAUAAAAUAAAAUUUUAUAAUAGAUUUUAAUCAUAAAUGUUUUACACUUAUUUAUUAAAUAAUAGAAUUGAUUAAAUUUAUGACAGUCAAAUAAUGAAUUAAUAAAAUAAAGAGUAUUUAAUUGAAAUUAAUUUAGAUUAUUAUUAAUAUCAAUCCCAUUCUUAUUUGAUUCAAAUUAAUUUAAUCACAAAGUUAAUUGGAUUUGGUUGUCAAGUAGAAUGGAAUUAUUAGAUGACAGAGAAUGGUUAUAUGAAUUAUUUGAGAAAUUGUAUGAACAAUUAAAAACAAUUUUCAAAAAUAAAUGGUUCAAUUAAUAAUACAUUGAAAGUUUAAAUGAAUCAGAUAAAUAAAAAUUAUCUCUCUUCCAGAAACAUUUUACAAAAGGAUUUGCCAAUUUUAUGAAAGUUGUUACAAAUUUAAAUUCUGGAUUAUUCUUAGAUUCUUAUUAGGUUUUAGAUUGCGUUUAUCAAAGUAAUUCUUAUAAUCAUUCUAAUAUUUAGAUUUAAUAGAUAAAAUACAUAGAUCAGAUUUCGAUAUGGAUGUAUUAAAUUUAUUAUAAAAAAUAUCAAAAGCAAGUGUUGAAUUAAAUUAAACUAAUUUUACUAGAUAAAAUGGUAUAAAUAUAUAAUAAGAUUUUAGUUUUGAUAAUUAAAAAUUAAGAAGUCUAAAAAUAUGUUGAUUCUAUUUUUGAAUAAAGAAAUUAAUAUUGGUUAGAAUAACAAACAAAAAUAAAUAGAAGUUUGGAAUCUUUAAAUGAUAAUUUAAAUUAAAUAGUUGAAUAAUGGUUAAGUAUUCCUAUUGAUACUACUACAUCAAGAUAAUUAAUAACUAAUGCUUGUGCUCUAUUCUUUAUGAGAACUGCUAAAUUACCUUAAAUAAAUGAAAGAGUUAUUUUAAAAGCAUUUCAUUGUUGUAUCAGUUAAGAAUAUAAUAUUCGAAGUUUAGGAAAGUUAUUGUUGUAUAGAUUAAUUUAGAUUUGCAUUUUUAAACAUAAAUCAUUUAAAUAAAUAAGAAGAAAUUCUGAGGAUUUCUAAAAUUCUAAGAUCAAUCUAGAUUAAUAUAAUGUUUAUAGAUUUAUUUUGCCAGAAGAUUAUAAUUAUUAUAAAUUGAAUGAUUAUAAUAAUAAGGGCUAGAUAUUUUUAUAUAAUUCACUUAUAUAUACUGAGAUAAAUAGAGAAGAAGUUAAGAAAGAAUUAUAAAUACUUAAAUCCAUUAGUUCUGAGUAAUGGCAUCAAUUUAUUAAUAUGAUGAUUAUUGAUGAAAGUGUAUUAGAUUAAUAACAAUCAUAAUAACCAAGGAUGUUCUACUAAUUUAUUUAGGAUUAAACAUAAAUUCCAAAUUUAUUCAAUGAUAUUGAUAAUUAAGCCUAAGAUAAAUUCUUUUUUAAUAAAGUUAUGCAGUAUCCUUUUAGAUUUAUUUAAUUAUAAAAAAAAGUUUAGUUUAUGAAAUAUUUAUUUACAGUUACAGAUUAUGAAAUUUUUAAUCAUACAAAAAAUUUAAUUGAUUAAACUAAUAUAGAUUAAAUGCCUUUUUAAAGAAUUUACUUAUCAAGUUUAUUAUAUGCAUCUCAUUCAUCUUGGGAUUGUAAAUUUAAAUAGGAGAUAAUAGAUUAUUGUAUAGAUAAAUUUGAAUAGAUUAUAAUUGAUUAAUCUAAAGAUGAAUUUAAAACACUUGAGUAUUAUUUAAAUUUUGCAUUCUCAAGAUGUGAUCUUAGAAAACAGGAAUAAUUCCUUUUAUCUAUUUUAGAUAAAGUGUAAAUAGAAACUGAUAACAAAAAGUUGAGAUGGAUAUAUCUAUUUUAUACAACUAUAGAUUCAAAGAAAAAUAAAUAAAUUAAAUUAUUUGAUCAUUUAUUAUAAACAAACUUAGAUUUUUCAAAUUUAAAAGCUAUUCAAACAUUUAUACCAUUAAUUAUUGUUUAAUAGAAUAAAAAUCCUCAUAAUAUUGAAUUACUAUAGAAAUUUGGAAUAUUGGAAUAAUUUAAAAAUCAAACUUAAAUUUUGUUUGAAACUAAGUAUUUCCUUUAUGAAAAUUCUGAGAUUUUCUGUAAAGGAUUAAAUUUCUUAGUAGAUUAAUUUUAGUAAUUAAAUAUUAAUGGUAAAAUUAAUAUCAUAAUAACAUUAUUUGAAUGUUGGAAAUCAAUGAAGUUCUACAUUAAUCCAUACAUAUUAUAGAAAAUGUUGCCAAUUGUUGAAUAUCUAUUGACAAUAAAUGAAGAAAAUAAUUUAUAAUAACUAACAUAUGGAUUGUAGAUCUUUUAAAACAUAAGAAUUAAAGAAUGUACCAUCACUUUAAUUCAAAUGACAUUGAAUUUAUUAAAGGUUUCUUAAAAUAAUGUCAGAAUAAGAUAAUUGAACUUUUUAAAAGUAAUUCUAUAUAAUUAUUCAUAGAUACUCACAAAAGAAAUUCUACAUAUUAAUAGACCCGAAAUAUUAACUAAUAUUGUUUAGUAUUUGUUAGAUGAAAAUAAAGUAGUUAUGUAAUCAUGUUGUGAACUUAUAACUUAAUUGAUUCAACAAAUGACUUUACAAGAACUCAAUUGCUAGUUGGAAAUCUAUUUAAAAUUAGUAAAUAUUAUUUUUAAUUUAGGCAACAAAUAAGGAAACUGAACUCCUAGGUAAAUAAGUGCUUAUGGCUAUUAUUAUGGCACAUCCACGUAACAUUUAACCAUGGAUCAAUUAAGUUUUGAAAGUAGUAUUAGAGAAACACAAUAAAUUACAAUAAUAAUAAAAGAAAUUCGCAGCAGACUAUUUAAAACUCUAUAAAACAAACUAAUUGAUGGAAAUAGAAGAUAUAUAGAUAUAAAUAGAUUUAAUUGAAAAAAUGAGUGAAUUAUCGAACCCAUAUAAUUAUUUUGCUUGA